AUUUCCAUUUAAAUAGAUUGGGCAUUGGUGAUAAGCAGUUGUCAAAUUCUUAUUCAUCAUGAAACUCCUGGCUUUAUUUGCUGCGGUAAUUGGAAUAACAUUCGGUGCACCGAGUGGUAAAAAUACAGGAUGUGGAAAACAAACAACCGCACCUCAUAAAUCUACAUAUAUUGUUGGAGGCAAAGAGUCCAUUCCGCACAGUUGGCCAUGGCAGGUUUUGAUGAGGUACAGAACAAGUACCCUGACAUGUGGAGGUUCCUUAAUCAGAAAUAACGCUGGAGAUCUUGUUGUUAUAACAGCUGCCCACUGUGUUGAUGGAACAGAAAACAGACCAGGAGAUUGGACCAUCGACGUUGGAGUACAUUCAAGAUCUGGUAAUGAGGCAAACCAGAGAGCGUAUACUGUUGCAUCAAUCACCACUCACAAUCAAUAUAAUACAAGAACCUUUGACAAUGAUAUUGCACUCAUGAAACUUGUAUCAACAGUCACAGAGAACGCUGAUGUCAGUCCAAUAUGUGUGACGUCACUACCAACCAGUGACUUUUUCAAUCAAGAGUGUGUCGUAACAGGAUGGGGAACUACCUCUGAAGGUGGUUCAACAUCUGAUAAACUUCAAGAAGUGUACAAACCAGUGCUGUCAGAUGCAGCUUGUACAGGUUACUUGAGUAAUGCUUAUAAUGCAAACACAAUGUUAUGUGCCGGUCUUGAUGUCGGUGGAAAAGAUGCUUGUCAGGGAGACUCUGGUGGACCAUAUGCUUGUUUGAACUCUCAGGGAGAGUGGGAUCUUAUAGGCAUUGUCAGCUGGGGAUAUGGAUGCGCUCGACCAAGCUUACCUGGUGUGUACGCAGAUGUACAUAAAUAUUUGAAUUGGAUUGGCAACAACGCUUAGAAAUUCUACGAAAUUCUAAAUAAAUAUAUAUGAAACAAAAUAUAUAAAAUUUG